AAGAUCUAUGAACAAUAAGUGUUAUACACCUGAACGCCUUGUUGAAUAACUGUUUUGGUAAUUAAACAAAUGUCUCAGCAUAUUUUUUAUUAAGACUAAGCAUUAUAACUUGUGUGUGUGUGUUUACUGUUUAACAGAAAAUGAAGGCCAUCUUUACACGAUAACCAGCAUCCUGCAGUGAUGGAGAGCUGCAUAAGCGGUCCCUUUACCGGAGUUGAGCCCACACCCAGCACUGUGGGUAAUGUAGGCAGGAGUCAGGGAAUCAUGGGAAAUGUAGUGAGCAACUGUGUGAUCAGCUGCAGUGACAGACCGUAUGAGAAUGCUCAGCCAAGAGGAGGGUGUACAUUGCAAACCCCCCCCCCCCCCCACCCCCCCAGCAUCAGCACACUGACACAGUCGCCAGCAGCAUCUUUAUUCCUCUCAGGUCUUUUUUUUUUUCUCUCUCCCAUUCUGCCUCCCUGUCAGAGCUCCACCGAGCACGCAGUGCCUGCGUCACUCCUUUCAGCAGAUGGAGGGAAGGAGGAGGAGGGGUAGGGUAAGACAGAGAGAGAAAGGGGAGGAGGAAGAGGGAGCUGUACGUCUCUCCUGUAUCAGCGUCAACAUCACUGCCACGCCAGCCUUCGUCACUAGAAAACAACGAGGAAGAUCGUCGCACAACAGACCUCUAAAAAAACCAUCAGCCACAGCAGCUCCUACUCCUCCUCCACCACCAGACGUGCAUCCACAGAUUAGGCCAAGGCGGUUCUACAUUCCCCAGGCACAGGCAUCUACACGCUCCCCCGGGCAGGAGGAGCUCUCCCAGGCAUGACCUGAGAGGAGAGGCAGGAAGCCAUCGGACGCGCGCUCUAUCAACAUGGGCAACCAGGAGGCUAAGCAAAAGAAAGCUGCAGCAGCAUCCGGUAAUGGAAGCUAUCCUUCACUGGAUGAAGGAUGGAGAGAGGGAGGAGGGGACACCACCAAAAAGGGAGGAAAGAAACUCCAAGGUAAGCAUGGAGGUAAAGGAGCAGGCAGCGGUGGAGGAGGAGGAGGAGGAGGAGGGGGGAUGCAUGGCACAGGACCAGGAAAAAAGAAAAACAAAUCUGAGUCCAAGUCCUCGGUUUUCUCCAUCCGGAAGAGAAAGGGCAACCUGAAAGGGAAAGGAGAUGUGUGUUCGUCAGUAACGGGCUCAAAGGAGGACGUUUUAAUAUCUCAAAAUGACGAACUGGACAACACAAAAACACCCGAAAUGUCUGCAGAUGAGCUCGGACAGUCGGACACUGAGCCUGAGAAGAAAAAUAAACCAGAGCCGAAGAGAAGGGAUGAAGAUGGACGAGAGCAGAAGCAGGAGAUGCAGCGGAAAGCCUCGACAGCAGCAAUGUCUCCCACAGAGGAUGGGAAGCAGAAGGGAGGGAGCUCGGGGUCGGACAUGGAUAUCUACAGCUUCCACUCAGCAGCUGACCACGAGGAUCUACUAGCGGACAUCCAGCUCGCUAUACGGCUCCAGCAGCAACAGCAGCAUGGCGGUGUUAACUCAAUUGUGGAUGCACAGGGAGGGGGCGAAAUGGAUCUGAGUAACGGGACAGUUAAACUAACUCCUGAGGUGCUUGACCUGACUCCAGAAUUAGAACUGGGGUCUGAUGCCCUGUCAUUCCUGGAGACGGGAACUCUGUUGGACUCUGUCAAGCACACGGACCAGCCACCAACACCACAACUCCCCUUCCACACAGAGGUGCACGAGAGGAGGGAGGAGAAGGAGGAUGAGGAGGGGGGGGUGGAGCAUCCGGAUCUAAAUGGGAAGGGGCAGGGGGAGAGAGAAGCCUCUCUUUGUGUAGCCACAGGCACAAAAGACCAGCAUGCUUGUGUGCAGCAGCAGCCCCCUUACACAGCCAUUACCAUGGCUACUGCUGGGGGGGCAGCAGUCAGUCCUGUCACCAUGACAACCGGUGGUAACAGCUUCCCUGAUCUCACAUUUGACAGUGCAGGGAAAACCCCAGGGGGCGAAGAGGAAGCAGGAGGUGAAGGAGAGGAGGAGGAGCCUGGGCUGGAUGUGGAUCUCAGUCCUCCACCCGCAAACAGCCACAACAAAAGUCCCGAACCCACCGAAGGGCUGAGCUCAGGGAACGUGUUUGAAGAAGGUGAGGGUCAGUUGGGCUCGGCUACUAGUGCAGAGUCCCUUGAGGACUGCCUGAGCGCUGAAUCCGAAUCCAACCACUCCGCUGCUGCCAGCACCAGCGCCUCCCAGGGCAGGAGGAGCAGCGUGUGCUUCACAUCGCUGCCUGUCCAGGAGAGCCCCACGUCGGCCAAACGACUCCUCAGGUCCACCCACUCCUCCACCUCAUCUAGCCCUGUGGUGAAACCCUACCCCCCCAUCUUCCCCUACUACAUCAAAACCACCACGAGACAGCUGAGCUCCCCAGGACACUCCCCAUCCCUGUCCCCCUCCCACAGCCCGCUAUCCCCACGCAGAGCCCACCAUCACCUCCACAGGAUGAUGGCUGAGGGUCAUCAAGUCUGCAGGCAGCGCUCUCGAAGUCUCGCUGGGUCUCUGAGUCGCUCGGCUGACUGGACGGAGGAGCUUGAGAGGAGGCUGAGGAGCAGAGAGGAGGAUGGAGUUGGUUCAGGAGAAUAUCUGGGGGGCUACAGAGGAGGAGGCAGCCAGCCCCUCUGUGCCACCAGAAGAUCCUCCUGUGGACAGGUUUCUACCUGCAGCUUUCAGGACGUCUUCGCAGGUCGAACUCUUCUGGAGAAGCUGUCCCUGCAGCAGCAGCAGGAGGAGGAGGAGCCAGAGGAGGUUGAGAGGCUCUGUUCCAGGAUCUUGGCCAUGGGUCUCCUGCUGCCUUUCACUGACUGCUUCAGAGAGCAGCUGGGAGGCAGCACUGCCCACAUCACCUCCACGGCAUCAACCAAGUUUGACCAUGACCAGUUGUACACCUGGGCAGCGGUUAACCAGCCAACUCACUCCAUGGAUCCUCUUGAAGGGAAACUACCAGGGCAGCUGAAGGGCCCCUGGCCUCCAGUCAAGCCAGGCGGAGACAACAGGACUGGACUCAGAUCCACAGAGGCAGAAGACAAUCAAGAACACCAUGCAGCAAUCUUGGGUUUGACACAACAGAAGGAGAGCCAAGAGGAGGAAUGUGUCCUUCCUUCAACCAAACUGAAGGAAAAACACGUCAAUGUCAUCCAACAGCUGGAACAAACCAUAGAAGACCUCAGGACUAAGAUUGCUGAGCUGGAGCGACAGCCCCCUCUGCUGGACAGGGACAGUAUGAAACCCAGCGCCUCCACCACGGACAGGGAGUGUGGAGGCGACGAGGGCUUGCUGAGGGUUGUGUGCGAUGCUCACCUGCAGACGGAAAGUGCUCAUGCUCUGGGCUGCCUGGAGGCCAAGUCGGUGCAGACCUCGCCCAUGGACGGCAGCUUUAAGUUCAAAGUGCCUUGUAGCGAGCUGGGGGGAGGGAACGGCCUCCUGCAGCCUCCACCCAAGCAGGAUGGCUUCCAGUGUUCAUGUCAGCUGCAGCCUCCACCUCCACCUCCACCUCCACCUCCCCUCCCAGGAGGAGCACUACCUCCUCACUCUUUAUCAGGACAGAUUGUGGCACCUCCCCCCCCACCACCUCCUCCUCCGCCGUUACCAGGAGGCUCAAUGCCAGCGCCUCCACCCCCACCUCCAUUACCUCCUGGUUCAGCAGUUCCUCCACCCCCACCUCCACUCCCUGGCGGCCUUGCUCCACCCCCACCCCCACCCCCGCCUCCUCCACUCCCUGGUGGCAUUGCUCCACCCCCACCCCCGCCUCCUCCACUUCCUGGUGGCUUUGCUCCACCCCCUCCUCCUCCAUUACCAGGAUUAGGAGCUCCACCACCUCCUCCUCCACCACCUCCUCCAGGCUGUGGGCCUCCUCCCCCACCUCCUCCUCCACCAGGAGGCCUCGGUCUCCCCCCGGCUCUUCCGGGGGCUCUGGGCUCCCUGCCUCCCCCUCUGCCGCUGGGGCUGUACGCUCUGGGUCUGACCCAGGAGAAGCCCCCCAGGAAGGCUGUGGUGGAGCCACCCAGACCCAUGAAGCCCCUCUACUGGACCAGGAUCCAGCUGAACACCAAAAAGGAGGUGUCUUCUUCGUUGGUGUGGGAGACCAUUGAGGAGCCUGACUUGGACUUUGAGGAGUUUGUGGAGUUGUUCUCCAAAACAGCUGUGAAGGAGAAGAAGAAGCCGCUCUCUGACACGAUCACCAAGUCCAAGGCCAAACAGGUUGUGAAGCUACUAAACAAUAAGCGUUCUCAGGCAGUAGGCAUCCUCAUGUCCUCUCUGCAUCUUGACAUGAAAGAUAUCCAGCAUGCCAUCCUGAACUUGGACAACACAGUAGUUGACCUGGAGACCCUGCAGGCCCUAUUUGAAAAUAGGGCACAACAGGAUGAGCUGGACAAGAUUGAAAAGCACAUCAAGUCCUCAAAAGACAAGGAGAACGCCAAACCUCUGGACAAACCUGAGCAAUUUCUCUACCAGCUCUCCCUGAUCCCAAACUUCUCUGGCAGAGUCUUCUGCAUCCUCUUCCAGUCCAGUUUCUCUGAGUGCAUGUCGUCUAUAAUGAAGAAACUGGACACACUGCAGAGGGUAUGCAAGGCGUUAAAGGACAGUAAGACAGUGAAGCAGGUUCUCGGUCUGGUUCUGGCUUUUGGUAACUUCAUGAAUGGUGGGAACAGAAGCAGAGGCCAAGCUGAUGGCUUCACCCUCGACAUCCUGCCCAAACUUAAAGAUGUCAAGAGCAGCGACAACAUGAAAAGUCUUCUAGCUUACAUUGUCGCAUACUACCUCAGACACUUCGAUGAGGAUGCUGGUAGAGAGACGUGUGUGUAUCCUCUCCCUGAGCCUCACGACCUGUUUCAGGCUUCACAAAUGAAGUUUGAAGACUUUCAGAAAGACCUGACUCGACUCAGGAAGGACCUGAGAGCGUGCACAUCAGAAGUGGAAAAGGUGUGCAAGGUUUCAGACGAGGAUGACCUGCAGCCUUUUAAAGACAAGAUGGAGGACUUCCUCGCACAAGCUAAAGGUGAACUGGAGACCCUGGAAGCUCAACUCAGCAGCACUCACAAACUGUUCCUGGAGCUCACAGUGUUCUUCUCAGUGAAGGCCAAGGCAGGAGAGAAGGAGGCUUCCCCCAACACUUUAUUCUGCAUCUGGCACGAGUUCUCCUCUGACUUCAAGGAACAGUGGAAGAAGGAGAACAAAGUCAUUCUCAAGGAGAGGUUGAAAGCAGCGGAAGAGUCUUUCCGACAGGCCAAGGAGAAGGCUUCCUACAGCGUCAAACCCAAACAUGCCUCAGGCAUCAAAGCCAAGCUUGGCAUGAAGAUUUAACUCAGUGGACUUGGAAGGCUUGUUUUGCCGACUUUGGGCACCAGUAGAGUCACAGACACAAAAAGUAUGAAGAAGACAGAAGAGAAAAAUGAAGGGAUGUGUGUGCAGCUGAGCCAACUCAAGGACAUCUUGUAUCAUUGAUUUAUUUCUUCCAGUUGAAUCGGUUUUAUGUGCUCUGUCAGCUUGAUGCCUUAUGUUGCUCUCCUCUCCAGCUGGUUGAUAACUGAAUCCAACAUAAUCAUGGAUGGAUGCUGUUGCAGGGCCAUCAGGCACCAGGAAUCAUGUGUUGUUGGGAUCGCCACAGCUCAAAAACACUAUAGUAUAUAUAUAGUAUACAUCAGCUGGAAUACUAACAUAUGCCUAUAUGCCUUCAUUUAUAAAAUACCAAAUGUCUCAUAAAUUAAGAUUUUUAGGCAAACAGUUUAACUCAACCCACACCAUAAAUAGCAUCAACAACAGGGGCUUGUAUAAUUAAAAUCUUAAGGGUUAGGGUUAUAAGUUUAACUGUUAAGCAUUCAGAUCCACCAGAUGUGAAAGCUUGUUUGCAGAAGGUUUCUGUGACCGUAGCUUGAGAACAAUAGAGGUACCAGCAAAAGAGUCAGGAGGAUGUGAGGCUGCAAGGCGAAACUCAACCGGUAGAGGAACAGUGUUAAUCUGCAGUUAGUCUGGAUCGAUGGAAGUACAUUUCCAGGAUAAAGCCUGACAUCUGGUGUGUGGCUCACCAGCAGGAUGUCCGCUCUCUGUGUGUUGCUGUUCUCAAAAUCCCUUCGCUACAGGAAACAACAACAACUUCGAGCUAGCAAGCUACACGCUGAAAAUGGUUUUGAUGAGAAUUUGGACUGUGCAACAAGGGAGACCUGCUUGGUUCUUUCGGGGAAUGAUUUUAAAGAUUUACAAAGAAUAUGUUUACUGCAUUUAUUCUAAUGCCUAACUGGGACGUUUUGGGACCGAUUGGUGGGAUUGCUGUGGACGAAGUACACACAGAGAUACACUGAUAAGAGCUAAUGAGGUUUAACCAUGUAUCCAGCUAAUUUAAAUAGCUCACGUUACUAUAUUGUGUCAGCAGCUAACGUCAUUUAAUAUUGUAUGUGGCGUUUUCUUUUGCGGGGUGCAAAUGUUCCACCAAAUAAAGUUCCUUCACAAGACCAUUUUUGCAUUUUCGCAGAGCCACCGUCGCUGCGUGUGGAGCUUAGCGCCGCCCAAGAUAAUUGUGAUUGGGUUAAAGAGAAGCAAACAACCCAGAGAGUUUUUUUUCUCCUGUCCCAGAAUGCAUCUGUGGUGUAGCCAGACCUUCCUCCACAGUGCUGUGGAGAUAGAGCUAGACUAAUCUGCAGUAACGCUGACAGAUCUAGCCGGGGGCGACAACUAUGCACUCAGAUGUGUCAUUUAAUCACAUUUAUGUUUAAUUAAGACAAUACACAUUUGAUUUACUUUUCUACACAACGUACAUUCACCAUCUUUGUUACAUAAACAUCAGCAUGCAACAUUGAAUUUGAUGGUUCAUUCUUGACCUUGGAAACAAAGCAGUUGACAACACAAAAUCUCAACAUGGGCCAGAGAAAAGUGGCCAUUUGUAAAGCACUUUAUGUUUUUGCUCAUAAUUCCUCAACUGUGAGGCGUACAAGCAAAAUAUUUUUUCUUGAUUUGUUGGUUCCAGAUUACAUGUUUU